AGGGGCGGGGGCGGUAACUCGAGCCGCCCAAGCGGGGUCUUUCGCUCCCGUGGCCAAGUUAGCGGCGCGGGCGGAGGCGUGGGGUCCCGAGCCGGAAUCGCCCCUGGCCGCGGCCGCAGCUCACCCCGCGGGUCGCCCUCCUGGGCUUCGGGGGCGCGGAGGUGAGAGCGGGCCCGGCGGGCUCGGGAGGAGGCGGCCUCCGGGAGGGCGUGGCCCGCGGGGACGUGGCGGGACAGCUCCGUGCGCGAUGGGGAAACCGAGGCGGCAGGCGCACCCGGAGUCUGCGGCGCUCGCCGAGGAGUUCCUGGUGCCCCGGAAACCACGUGGUCAAAGGGCUGAGCUGUGUGGCCAGACAAGAGAGGCCCCUGCCCCUGCCCAGUGAGCUCUGCUGUUCUUAUGGGAGCCAUGAAGCUGAACGAGAGGAGUGUGGCCCACUACGCCCUGAGCGACUCCCCAGCAGACCACGCAGGCUUCCUGCGCACUUGGGGCGGCGCAGGGACUCCACCCACCCCCAGUGGCACUGGCCGAAGGUGCUGGUUUGUCCUUAAAGGCAACCUGCUGUUCUCCUUUGAGAGUCGAGAGGGCCGGGCCCCACUGAGCCUAGUGGUGCUGGAGGGCUGCACAGUGGAGUUGGCCGAGGCUCCCAUGCCUGAAGAGUUUGCCUUUGCCAUCCGCUUUGACGCCCCCGGAGUGCGCCCACACCUGCUCGCGGCAGAUGGGCCAGCGGCCCAGGAGGCCUGGGUGAAGGCACUGUCCAGGGCAAGCUUUGGCUACAUGCGCCUGGUGGUGCGUGAGCUGGAGAGCCAGUUGCGUGAUGCCCGCCACAGCCUGGACCUGCAUCGCCACUCAUCCUGGAAGGCCAUUCCCAGCCGCUGUAAGCCCCAGGCUCCUGACCACUGGUCUCUUGGCCUGGAGAAUGGUCACUCCCUCUCCAGAGAUUGCAGCCCUAUGGGCUUGGUGGAAGAAGGGGGCAGCAGGCCAGCAGGGCGGGGCUUGGCCGAGUGGGAGUUGCAGGGCCCUGCCAGCCUCCUCCUAGGCAGGAGGCAGAGCCCUGUGUCCCCGGAGACCUCCUGCUUCUCUACUCUACAUGACUGGUAUGGCCAGGAGAUUAUGGAGCUGAGGCGGGCGUGGCUGCAGAGUGCCCAGGGGAGCCAGCCAGAAUGUGAGGAACAAGAUAGGCCCUGAGCCUGGGCCCUUCGGGUUCAGCCCUUGUCCUGCUGGUCAGGACACCAGGGCCAGUGCUUUUUCAAGAGUUUAAUGUUUACUGGUUUCUGAAGUUGCUGUUGGAUGUGAGUUCUCCCCUUCCUGCUUUUUAGGCUUGCUCCAGGUUCCAAAUCCACCCUUACGCCUAGAGGGGACUGAGGAAUCAUUAACUUUCAACCCCUUUAUUUCCUGAGGGCCAGAGAGGAGAGGUGGCUUGCUCAGCAGCCACAGACCUAGGUCUCCUGACUCUGCCCCUCUCUCAGGCGAUAUAAAUGAAAUGGAGGAAGUGGGGAAUAUUACAUGACCACAGACCGCUCUGCCUUUCACCUACACACGAUUCUACAGACACAAUUUCCAACAUGGGGAAUCUUGUAUAAAUACCAGAAGUUGACUGCAGUGUUGGCUUGAGGGACUGAUACUGUCAGAAAAAGUGGGUUUACUGUGUUAUGGGGGUUUCUGGGGCCCGGCUCAUCCUGAGUGAUGAGAAGAUUGGGCAUGGGACCCCCACUCUGCAAUUUGGACAGGACCCUUUGGAGGGAGAGGGCACUUAGCCAGUCAAGAGGGAUUUAUCCUGCUCCGAAAGUGUUAGGGCCCCAUCUUCUUUCCCUGGCUGCCCUGUCAACAGACAGUGCUUGGUCAUUGCCCCAGGAGGGCCAGUAGCUUUUAUGUGUCAGCAGAAAUCCUUCCUGUACUCUGUCCUCAGCUGCCAAGUAGGAAGCUGAAGUGGGGAGGCAGUGAGGCUCCCUGGGAAAGCCAGUUUCUUACUUUGGUUUUCAGUCCUGGGCAUUCUAGGAGCUUGGGCACAGGAUUCCUGGCACCCUGUGAUAAACUCUUCUGUCUUGGCUGGACUCCCAGAGAGAUGUUCCUGAUCCUGAAACCCCCUAGGAACUCGUUCAGUCUUGCUCGGCACCCAGUGAUAAACUCUUCUGUCUUGGCUGGACUCCCAGAGAGAUGUUCCUGAUCCUGAAACCCCCUAGGAACUCGUUCAGUCUUGCUCGGCACCCAGUGUGUACCUGCCAAGAUCCUCUUGUUCCUACUCUCACCAGCAUGGUGCCAAGCAUCUGCUUUAUCGAUUGUUCUGAGAGGAAAAGUGGCUGGUUGGACAGAGCCAGAGGCCAGAUCAGCCUGAUAGCCUAGGGGUGUGGUGGCAGAGGCUGGAUGGAAGAUGCAGAGCCUGGUCCAGUCAUCCCCCUACUCCAAUAUACACAGUCUCCCCCUUCUUAGCCUCUCUCCCUUACUGGGGCCUUGGACAGCCUGAGCUUGAGGCUUGGGCUCAGAGCCUCUUAAGUCCAGGAGGCUGACAUGCCGUCCAGGGUCCUGGACCAGUUCCUAGGAAGCCAGGCCUGUUUCCCAAGAAGAGGGGCCACCUUCCCAGCCCUGUAUGGGAGCCCCACAGCCCCGAUGCGUCUUGUUUUAUACACAGACACUAUGGGCUUUUUGUUAUCUUGCCUAUUGUUACAGUGCUUUUUAUACGAUUAAAACAUUAUGGUUUUUUAUUA